ACGACCGCAGCCGCGCGGAGGGAGCGCAUGAGCCGUGGCAGCGCGCGGCAUGACCGCGAAGCCGGCACGAGGCAAAAAGUGUGCAGGAUCUGCGACUUGCGACGUGUCUCCGUGGUGGACGCGUCGCUGCGCUCGCCCAUGCUGUGAACGCGCCAACGCGACAGCGCUGUCCGUCCGGCGUCCCGCAUGAUCAUCAUGGACCGGACGGGGGCUCAGCGGAGCAAACCCGGCUCCCCCGCCCCGGAGCGCGGCACCUCGGUCUCGAGCGACGGCGGAACCGGCUCCGGUAGCCCCCGAUUGCUGUCCGCGGGCAGCCCCGCCGGAGCCGAAGGACGCAGCCGUGGGUGCAACGCGUGCGGGCAGCAGGCGCAGCGGCGGCACCUGGAGGGAGUGCUCAGUAAAUACACGAACCUUCUACAGGGCUGGCAGAACAGGUACUUUGUGCUGGACCCCGAUCAGGGCCACCUGCAGUACUACGUCAGUGAGCAAGGAAAGGGCCAGAAGCCGCGUGGCUCGCUGCCCCUCCUGGGCGCCACGGUAGAUCCCAGCGACGAGGUGCCACACAUGUUCACUGUCCACUCAGCCAGUGGUGAGCUCUACAAGCUGAAAGCGGUCGACACCCGGGAGCAGCAGUUCUGGAUGAACCACCUGCAGGCCUCUGCCAGGCGUCACUCGGACAGCAGCGCAAGAGUGGGCAAGAUGAGGGGCUUCGAUGAACACCUGUGUCUGGAGAAAAUGGGAGGCUGCCAAGACGGCCAGGGCUCAUCCUCCUCAGGACGAGUGCGAAGUUUCUCACUGCUCCCGGCUGGCUGCCCUUCUCCUGGCAUCCAGAGGCGGCCCCCGCAGCCGGUGGCUCCUAGCAACAUUGUCACUGUGACCCACCACAAGUCACCUGCUGCUGCCCGGAGAGCCAAGAGCCCUUUUCCUGGGAGGCUCUUGGAGGUCAAAGAGGUCAUAACGCAGGUGGAGGGCCAGCAGAGGGACUUGGUACAGUCCAUUGAGUCCCUACCAGCCCAUGGGCCAGUGUCCUGCCUGGAUCAGGACCUUCUGCUGCUGAAGGCCACCUCAACCGCCACGCUGGGCUGCCUGGGGGAGUGUCUGAACAUCCUGCAGCGAAGUGCUGGGCAAGUGGUCCAGCACGAUCCACCCUCCGAUGAGGUGUCUCUGUGCCCUGGCUCUGAGUCGCCCCCCACAGGCUCUCCAAAGAGCUGCAGAGUGACAGCCCUGUCUUGUCCCGAGGCCAAACUGCCUCCCUGGAGGAGCAGCCCAGUCCAGCCUGCACAGGUGGCUUUUCUGUGGUCACAGUGUCUUGAGACGGAGGCUAUUGGUCUUAGCGAGGAGUUGACGGAUACUGAGAACAACGAGGAGGAGGAUCUGGGUGUGAUGGAGGAGCAGCGUAGUGUCAUCCUUCACCUCCUCUCCCAGCUCAAACUGGGCAUGGACCUCACACGGGUGGUGCUGCCCACCUUCAUCCUGGAGAAGCGUUCCCUUCUGGAGAUGUACGCCAACUUCAUGGCACACCCAGACAUGUUCCUGGCCAUCACAGCUGCCACAAGCGCUGAGGAUCGUAUGGUGCGCUUUGUGGAGUACUACCUGACGGCGUUCCACGAGGGUCGCCGAGGUGCUGUGGCUCGGAAGCCCUACAACCCACUUCUGGGGGAGACCUUUCACUGCUCCUGGGAAGUACCUCGUGAGCGUUCAGGGCCCACUGGCUGCUACCGCGUGCGUUUUGUGGCUGAGCAGGUGUCCCACCACCCACCUGUGUCGGGAUUCUACUGUGAAUGCCGGGAGCGGGGCAUGUGUGUCAACGCCCACGUGUGGACCAAGAGCAAGUUUAUGGGGAUGUCCAUUGGAGUGUCCAUGGUUGGGGAAGGAAUGCUGUGCCUUAUGGAGCACGGGGAGGAGUACGUGUUCACUUUGCCCAACGCCUAUGCUCGCUCCAUCCUAACCGUGCCCUGGGUGGAGCUCGCCGGAAAAGUAUCCAUCAGCUGCGCCAAGAGCUCCUAUUCGGCCUCCAUCACCUUCCAGAGCAAGCCCUUUUAUGGAGGCAAGGUCCACAGAGUGACCGCCGAGGUCAAACACGGUCCCAGUGGUGCAGUUGUGUGCAAAGCUCAGGGCGAGUGGAACGGGACGCUGGAGUUCACCUACAGCAGCGGUGAAACUAGAGUGAUUGACACCACUACACUGCCAGUAACCAGGAAGAAGAUCCGUCCUCUAGAGAAGCAGGGUUCGUUUGAAUCCAGGCGGCUUUGGCAGCAUGUAACUGUUGCACUGAAGAAGGGUGACCUGGAUGUCGCCACGGAGCACAAGCGCCACCUAGAGGAGAAGCAGCGGGCAGAAGAGAGGCAGAGGGAGGCCACAGCCACGCCCUGGAUUCCCAGGCAUUUCCGUAAGGAGGGAGACGGCUGGGUGUACCGCAACCCCCUGUGGAAGGCAAACUGAGACUGCUGUAGAGCUCCCGGAUGGUCCGAGUCCCCGACUUCAUACCCCGCCGCACAGGGCUGCGACAGAGCCGCCAUUGCCCUGCCCCAACGGGCCCCCCAGCACCAGCACCCGGCGGCAGUCUGUCAUGUUGUCAGGAAUCUCUUUUGAACGUGUGCAGUAGUGUUGUAGCAAUGGUGCAUUUGUCUCACUGUGACGGCGCAGAUUCUCAGCUCUCAGGCCAUGACCCACGCAAUGCUUUUGUCGGAGGGUGUGAGAAAGAUUGAGAAGGACACUUCAAUGUCGGUUCAAGAGCUGGAAGUUGUCCCCUGACCCCUGCCUGUGACUCGGUCCCGUGGCAACAGUGCUCAGGGUGUGCGGUGUGUCUGCGGCUCAGAAAGGGGCCUUAUUCUCCCCCCACAGUGGACUCUUAUCAUGUCUCUUAGUAUGGAUAGUCCUGUAGUGGCCGAAAAUGAGCAACAGCAAAAUCGCGAUGGGUGGAUCAUUUAGUUUCUUUUCACAGUUUUCCUCAUUUGUAUUUUAAUUAAUGUGAUUACUGGGAUUAAGGUUAAGGGAGAGGUGUUUUAUACAAUGGUUAUACUUAUAAAUCAUGCCACACACUACAAACUGCAGAAGUGUAGAAUUGAUGCAUAUUUAAAUAGGUGAUUCAGUUCAAUUCAGUUUAUUUUUUACAGUGCUCCUGUCAGCAGGGUGACACAGCACUGGGCAGAGUCACUGGGAAUGAUCCUCUAUCACAGGGUGUGCCAAACAGCAGUUAUAGUUCUUCAGUCACUGUAAAGGGAUACACUUAGCAGCUGAGGAGAGGAAAACAAAAAAAAAAAAAAAAAAACUUUGUUACCAAGGCAACCGUGUCCGGUUUCAACAGAGCAAAACAUGAAAUGGGUUUGUUUUUUCCCAUGGUACCGAGCUGUCUUUUCAAACCGUGUCUGUUUUCGCUUCAGGAAAAAAAUGGUAUAAUGGAAAAAAAAAAAAAAACAGAGAACUUAUUUGGGCAAAAAGACUGGAGUCAAUUAAUCAAUCAAUCAGUUAUUCCAUCAACAAACCAAUGAACCACUGCUUUUAUUGUUACUUUGGCCCUUUUUGUUUCAGUGUCGUCAUUACUGAGCUGAAGAGGAAACAAAUGUGGUACGCUGACCAGCCUUGUUUGAAUUCACAGGUCUGUCCCAUUGUCUCCUUUUACUUUACAGGUAAAUUGCUGUCCUCCUUCAGUCUCGAUAGGAGUAGAAGAUGACAUUAUUUGGCUUUUAUGGUGUGUGGCAGCAGAUGAGCUGUGAUGCCAUCGUACCACACUGCCCCUCACUCUUGAUUCACUCUGAGCUCCAUCCUAUAAGCUUGUAUAACUUUAAUUAGCACGUUCAAAUAUUUCCUUCCUGUCAAGUAUUUUUUUUUUACCCCAUUUUGCACUUCCUCACACCCAUUUACACAUAUUAGCUGAAAAUAUUCAAAAUUUUCUCAGAUCUAUAAACAUAGAACAUUAAGACCUACUGCACAGGCCUCAAAAAGUAAUUUCCAUCUAAAUGAAAGUUUGCCUUUGAAAGCAUUAAAAGACCAUCAAUAAACAGGCGGUGCUCAAGAGCCUUCACACGUUGGUGAAACCAAUGAAAAACACCUCUUUAAAAGUCUAAGAAUCAGUAGCCAUAUGCUUACUUGGUAUUACCUCUAUAGAUCAUGUCAUUUGUAACUGCAUGCCCUUGUAAUAUAUGUAAAAAGAGCACACGCACACACUACAAUUUUAUUUCAGGGAUUUUUACUGACCCCACCUGCAUGUCAAAGAGAAGUAGCCGAAAUGAAAAUACUUCGGUGAAGUAAGGAAAUGUGGUAAAUGCGCAGCAGGUAGAGAAAGGAAAGGAGUUCUGCCAUGUCUGUUGUACCAUGUUCUUCAGCAGUAGGACAACAGUUUGUACAAAUGUAUAUAUGCUGGCUUCUCAAAUGAUUGACAUGGAUUUUCAAAGAUACAUUUCCCUGUUAUUUAUUUCUACCCUUCAAUUAUUUAUUUUUUUUUUAUAUUUUACCUGUAGUUGGGUGAAAACAACCUUGUAUUUAUGUGCCAAGCCUACAGAUGACAAUGUUGUGGGACCGCCUUAAUUCAACUCAGUUUCUCAGUGUUUACAGCUCUCGUCUACAGUUAGAGGACAAUAAGAAGGUGACAAAGGCUCUACAUGUUUAUAGGGUAAGAAUUCAGCAAUCAGCACUGAAUAUGAGUUUAUGGAGGCACACUUUUUGUAUUUUCACUAGUUUUAGUUUUAUUUUUAAUGUAGCUUAAAGCAAAUAAAAUAGAACUUUUAAAUGUUUAUUAUAGGUAUGGUGAAGGUUUGUACGGAGCUUAACCCAUAAAUAAAGGGACAUCUGCAUUAUUAAGCUUUGAUUGAUUAUAAUUUAGUAACAGAGCGUUAGGAGCGCGAUCCAGUUGUGAUUUUUAAAGUCGGUGUGUAAAAUUCCCAAGUUGAUAAUUUAAUGCACUUUUACUGUCCCAUUUACACUAAUGCACUCAUUCCAACAAAGAAAGUAGAGCAGAGGUCAGGUUGGAGAGUAGAGAACUGUACCCCAGUAUUUUCCCUGUUGAAAUGCAUGUUACAGAUGUAAUGUGGUCACAUUAUUUUACACUCGGAGCAGCUUUUUCUUAUUGUCAUACACAUCGAGAAACAAGGUAGCAAAUCAGGUAGCGAAGUCGCAUAACUGAUGUUCCUGUCUACCUCCACCUUCCUUCUACCUCUGCUGCGGGUGUCUUGUUCUGAAACAGGUGCGCUCACCUGGUGUUUGUACUGUGAAGAGUCACAAAAAAAGUGUUGGGCUACU